UUGUCUUUCUUUCCAGUUUUUCUUGACAGAUGGAUCAUCUUACUGUGUUGUGUUUAGUGUGUUAGAUGAUUUGGAUGCUCUAGCAAACCCAAGAGAUAUCUUACAAGGACAAUUAGAAAUGACAAAUCUUCAGAUGAAUGUAUUUUGGAUGCGGUCAAUAUACGAACAUGCUGUACUACCCUAUCAUGGAAGGACAGAGAAGUUAAUCAACGGCAUAUCCUCACCCACGAUCAGUUUAGUUGCCACACAUAAAGACAAACUAUUGGGGACUGAGUCAGAAAAGAACAAGCUGAUCACAACCAAGUUCAAAAGAAUAUUUGAUGAAGUCAAAGGAACACCAUAUGAAAGCCAUGUAGAUUGUGAGAUGUAUGUUGUAGAUAACACUGUGCGUAAGGAUGAAGGAAUUGAGAAAUUGAAGAAGAAUGUCGCGGGAUACAUGAAGGCAACGGCAAAACCUAUUCCCACUACCUGGGUUGAUUUCCAAUCCAAAGUACAAGACGUUGGAAAAACAAGACUCCGUGUUUCCUUGGAUGAGGUCACGGAAAUUGCAUCUGAAUGUGGAAUUUCUAAGCCAACGCUCAACACUGUCCUCGAUUAUCUAAAUGACACUGGAAUAAUUCUGUACUCUAAGACUAAUGAAAAGUUAAAGUACACAGUUAUUACGAACUUGCGCAUGAUGAUCGACGUCGUGACGAAAAUCAUCACAGUAGUGAAACCAGAUGAUAUUAACAAGCUGCCUAUACUGAAGCAGUGGUAUAAGCUCGACCGUGAGGGAAUUCUACAAGAACAGUUGCUACAUCAUUUGUGGCGACAUGAGAUAGCGCAAGAUGCCAGCAACUUAGAGGUAUUUUUAGAAAUGCUGAAGAUGUUUGGGUUACUGUUUGAGAAACAAAAGGGAUCUCAACCUGGUAACAGAAUCUUCAUUGUUCCUACUCGGAUGCAAAUCAAUAAAGAGGGCUUGAAAGUUAGGGGAGACGAGCAGCAAAGUGCAUCGUUUUAUGUGACUCCCACGGACUUCCUACCAGAUGCUGUCUACAAUGUGUUGGUCGUUUCGUUUUUAGACUUGAUGAAUGACAAAGGUAGGAGUGGUGAUCAUGUGGAAUUGUUUCGGAAUCGGAGUGACUUUAACUUAGAUGAUGAGCAUGUCGUGAGUCUAGGAGCUGUCAGAAUCAAGAACAGACAUGCAUUGAAAAUUGAAAUAUCACGUAGGAUGAAAGUUGGUGAACAUGGCAAAGAAGAACUUCUCGAACCACAUCCUAGCAUCUGCAUGGAGGUAUUAAGUUACAUCCGUCACCAAUUGAAAACUGUGUAUGUUACUACAGAAGGAGUUGGCUAUGAGUUACGUGUCCUUUGUAAUGCCUGUGAACCUACGCUGGGACCGCUGCAUAAACUUGAGGAAUGUUUGAUGAAAGAUAGUGUGCCAUGUGGAAAAAGAAAGUCAGUUGCAACUACUCGUUUUAAACGACUCUUUUCAACAGCUAAGACGGGCCAUGCUGCUUCUUCCUCUGAGCAUGUUGUAAUUCAAGGAAUGACAGAUGCGCAAUUCAAUGCACUUAAAAUGGAUGUCGCAGUGUGGUAUGACAACCACAAAUGUCUUACUGUGUUGAAAGUGUUGUUCAGAGAUCAUGUGGCCAAUGAGAGACUAUCAAAAAUAGAUAAGACAGUGGACUUGCUGAAUGAUUUAGUUAAACAUGGUCAUUUGAAUUCCAAGAAUCUUACAAUUCUGCAUGAUACCAUCAGCAUAACUGAACAUUUUGGUCUUCAACAUAAGAUUAAAGUAUUACUACCGUCAUUCCCGGAUGUUAAGGAAGGAAACAUUUCCAAACAAUUCAGUCAUCACAGACAAAAACUAAUGAAGUUUGGAAUGAACCUGACUCCGGACAAUGUAACAAAAAUUGAUGGAUUGCUGAACAUGCCCUGUAAGGAGUAUACCGAUGGCUGGAGUAUGAUCACUGAUCUAGAAGACAGACAGAUAAUCAGCGAAAAGAAUAUGAAAGAAUUCACUGAUUCAUUAAGAAGCCUUGAAAUCCAUCCAGCAUUGAAUGCACUACAAGAUGAGCUUGAAGGUAUUGAAACAAGCAAGAUUAAGGAGUAACUUGACCCGACAUGGGAUUGCAUGACAGAGCUUGAAUCACCACUACAUCCUAGAUGUUUCCAUGAAUAUGUUGACAACAUGGCAGGAAAAAAAAUUACAGUACUUGACUGAAAUUGCUGUAAUGUGUGAAAAGGUGGAAAAGGUCCAGUGGCAUUGCAAAGUCAUUUGAAAAAAUCCAGAUAGACUGCCUAACUUUGUGCACGUCCACGACUACAGGAACACAAAGCUGGUGCAUUCCUUCGACAAUAGAAUGUCAACUGAAGAAUUUUAAAUAGAAUGGAAGAAAAUGAGAUCAAUGUUGCAUGCUGCUGGUGCUUCUUUAACUGGACUUUGAUAAAUA